GGCAGGAGUCAAUUUGUCAACGGCAGUAAUCGCUGUCAAUGGGAUUUCUCCAUAGCCUCAUGGCUUCCUCACUCUUUUGCUCCGCUUCUCUGCUACUCCUACUUGGCGCUUUCAUUUCUCCAGGAUCCAAAUCGGGAAAUGUGGCGUUGGCGAUUGAAGAAGUGGAUUCCAUGGCCCUUUUGCCGUUUGGAUCUGCCUCUGGCAUUGGCAGCUUCGUUCGACUUCCUCAAUGCGGCGGCCCUCGCCCCACUGGAUUUACGAACAUGCAUGCUUCUUGUCGAAUGUUUUGAUGAUAAAAUGAAUCGAAUUGUUACCGACCAUGUCAAAAACUAGAAGGAUUCAAUCAAUUUGGAGUGGCUGAACAAUUUAUGGUGCUUGAAUCUGUGUUUUCUGCCUUUCAAACUGAUCAAGUGUUACUUUGUUUGUGCAUUCAUAUAGUUGAAACUGUACAAGCCAUUGGUGUUUGCUACAGCACGAAGGGAGACAAUUUGCCAGAACCUGGAGAAGUAGUCCGACUAUACAAAAGCCUUGGCAUAAAAAGAAUGAGGAUUUAUGAUACAGACCAAACUAUAUUAAAUGCUCUUCGAGGAUCGAACAUAGAAGUCGUUGUAGGCAUCCCGAAUACUGACCUUGAACGUGUUGCUAAUGUUUCUUCUGCAGCAAACUGGGUCCAAAUGAACAUUCAAGCCUUCGUUCCCCACGUCAAAUUUCGAUACAUUACUGUUGGAAAUGAAGUGCAGCCAUCUGAUUCUUUUGCUGGUUAUGUUCUACCGGCCAUGAGAAACAUUUAUAGUGCAAUUUCAGCAGCCAAUUUGCAGGAUCAAAUGAAGAUCUCCACAGUAAUAUCCACGGCCUUGUUGGGGACUUCACAUCCUCCAUCUGCAGGCUCGUUCGGGUCCGAUGCUCGUGAAUUUAUAGAACCAAUUGUCAGCUUUCUGGCUAAGAAAGGUUCACCACUUCUUGCUAAUUUGUAUACCUACUAUUCAUAUAUUGGUCUCAGCAGGCAAAUGAACCUUGACUAUGCUUUGCUAAAAGAAUCGCAAGGUGUUAUUGCAGAUGGCAAUUUGGAGUACCACAACUAUGUCGAAUCAAUGAUCGAUGCUCUCUAUGCAGCUCUUGAGAAUUCGGGUGGAGCCAAUGUGUCGAUUGUGAUAUCGGAGAGCGGUUGGCCAUCGGGUGCAGGCACCAAUACUAUAAUUGAGAGUGUGGUUGCAGAAACAUACUAUGUAAAUUUGAUUAGGUGUGUUCAGAGUGGGACUCCAAGAAGGCCUGGAAGAGCUAUUGAAACGUAUUUGUUUUCCAUAUUUGAUGAAAAUUUGAGGCCUUCUGAGAUGGAGAAACAUUUUGGUUUGUUCACACAUGAUAUGGAACCAAAAUACCAAUUUAGUUUCAGUUAAGAAAAAGGUCGAUUAGUGCAGUUGUAAGAAAGUUUAAAUCUCCCUUUUAUACAUUUUGUAGAACAUGUCGGGCUAGAAAUUCGAACUAAC